CCUACCCUCUCGCCCCACUCUGCAACAAACAAGUCUAUGCUAUAUUUUCCUGUUCAGUGGUGGUGGUCGUCGUGGCGGCGGCGGCGCUUCUUCUUCCCUCCAACCAAUCAUCACCGUUCACCUCUUUACUGAACCUUCACAUCUAGCCUCUCUUCCUUCACCCUUCUCCCUCAACUACCAAACACCCAACAAGAACAGAUCACCAAUUUAACGUCCGACAUUAGCAACUCAUGCCUUCGUGGAAGUCGCCGCCACUCAAAUGUUCCCUCUCCGCCGCAAACCCUUUUUCCUUUCCUUCCCCUCACAUAGAACAUUCCAUAUCUCUUCAUUCCUUCUCCAGAACUUUCCUCAACAUUCCAAUUCCAAUUCCAAACCUCCCUCCCCCGACCUCCUCGACCGAAUUUCCCGCCUCCUCCUCCUCCGCCGCCCUGCCUCCCUCAACGGCCUCCGCUUCCCCUUCUCAGACCCCCUCACCGAUGCCCUCCUACGCCGCCUCCGCCUUCACCCCGCCGCCGCCCUCGCAUUCUUCCAACUCGCCUCCCAACAGUCCCACUACCGUCCCCACGCCACCUCCUUCUGCCUCCUCCUCCACAUUCUCGCCCGCGCCAAACUUUUCUCCGAAGCCCGCUCCCUCCUCCACCAACUCCUCUCCCUUCACUGCACCAACAACUUCCGUGCCUUCGCCGUCUGUCGCGAGGUCGUUUCCGUUUACAAGGAAUUUGGCUUUUCCCCCACCGUUUUUGACAUGCUUCUCAAGGCGUUCGCUGAACGUGGCAUGACGCGCCACGCACUCAACGUGUUCGACGAAAUGAACAGGCUCGGCAGGAUCCCCUGCCUCAGGUCCUGCAAUUGCCUGCUCGCUAGGCUGGUACGUGCCGGUGAAGUAGGCCAGGCGCUGACUGUUUUUGAGCAGGUUUUGAAAAUGGGGAUUGUGCCUGACGUUUUCANGAUUAGUAUUGUUGUGAACGCGCAUUGUCGGGAAGGGAAUGUGGAUUGCGCUGAGAGGUUUGUGGAGAAGAUGGUGGGGAUGGGGUUAAUGUUAUUGUGUACAAUGCUUUGGUUGGAGGGUAUGCUUGUAAGGGUGAUGUGGGAGAAGCUGAGAGGGCUGGAUUUAAUGUCUAGGAAAGGGGUGGAGAGAAAUGUGGUCACUUGGACUUUGUUGAUGAAAGGUUACUGCAGGCAGGGAAGGGUGGAUGAGGCCGAGAGGUUGCUUCGGAGAAUGGAGGAGGAUGAGGUGAUUUUUUUGGAUGAUCGCGUGUAUGGUGUGCUGGUGAAUGGGUAUUGUCAGGUGGGGAAGAUGGAUGAUGCGGUUAGGAUUCGAGAUGAGAUGGCAAGGGUGGGGUUGAAGGUGAAUGUGUUUGUUUGUAAUGCGUUGGUUAAUGGCUACUGUAAGCAGGGUCGGAUAAGAAAGGCCGAAGAGGUGUUUAGGGGAAUGUUGGAUUGGAAUGUGAAACCGGAUUGUUAUAGUUAUAAUACUCUGUUGGAUGGGUACUGCAGGGAAGGGAGAAUGAGUGAGGCUUUGAUGCUUUGUGAGGAGAUGUUAAGGGAGGGAAUUGAUCCUUCGGUUGUGACCUAUAAUACGGUUCUCAAAGGGUUGGUUGAUGUGGGGUCUUACGACGAUGCUUUGAGCCUUUGGCGCUCGAUGGUGGAACGAGAUGUGGUGCCGAAUGAAGUCAGCUGCUGUACUCUGCUCGAUUGUUUUUUCAAAAUGGGAGAUUCUGAUGGGGCUAUGAAGCUUUGGAAAGAGAUUUUGGGUCGGGGUUUUACUAAUAGCACUGUUGCAUUCAAUACAAUGAUCGGUGGGCUUUGUAAGAUGGGGAAAGUGGCGGAUGCAAAGGUUGUUUUUGAUAGGAUGAAGGAACUUGGAUGCUCGCCUGAUGAAAUAACAUAUAGGACAUUGAGUGAUGGAUAUUGUAAAACUGGUAGUGUUAUCGAAGCUUUUAGAAUCAAAGAUAUGAUGGAAAGACAAACAAUUUCUCCAUCCAUUGAAAUGUACAAUUCCCUUAUUUAUGGACUAUUCAAGUCUAGGAAGUCAAGUGAUGUUGCUGAUCUUCUAGUUGAGUUACGGACGAGAGGACUAUCACCAGAUACUGUUACCUAUGGUACCCUUAUUUACGGUUGGUGCAAUGAAGGGAAGCUGGAUAAAGCUUUUAAUUUAUAUUUUGAGAUGAUCGAAAGAGGGUUCUCUCCUAAUUUUGUGAUAUGUAGCAAAAUAGUCAGCAGUCUUUAUAAGAAUGACAGAAUCAAUGAAGCAACUGUGAUCCUAAGCAAGAUGGUGGAUUUUGAUCUUCUUACGGUUCAUAAAUGUUCUGAUAAGUCUGUUAAGAAUGAUUCCACAGGUCUAGAAGCUCAAAGAAUUGCUGAUUCUCUUGAUAAAAUUGCUAUAUGUAAUUCUCUUCGUAGCAAUAUUGUGUACAACAUAGCUAUCUAUGGUCUUGGCAAAUCUGGGAAGAUUGAUGAAGCAAGAAGUGUUCUGUCAAUUUUGUUAUCUAGAGGUUUUCUUCCAGAUAAUUUCACAUAUGGUGCCUUAAUUCAUGCCUGUUCAGCUGCUGGUGAUGUAGAUGGUGCUUUCAACUUAAGGAAUGAGAUGCUGGAGAGAGGUCUUAUUCCAAAUAUCACUACAUAUAAUGCUUUAAUAAAUGGGUUAUGCAAAUUGGGAAAUAUGGAACGAGCACAGAGACUUUUCCGUAAACUUCCUCAAAAGGGCUUAGUUCCAAAUGUCGUUACCUAUAAUAUACUAAUCAGUGGUUACCUUAGGAUUGGGGACCUUAAUGAAGCCUCUAACUUGAGAGAGAAGAUGAUUGAAGAAGGGAUUUCUUGAACCCAUCUCUGCCAUGAUCACUGGUCUUUUUGGAACACUCUUUAAAGUGCUCUAAUCAAAUUAUCAAGCCAUAUUUUGCUUGAUACUUGCUCAUACAUUUUGCUAAAUGCAAAGUUGAGCUGCUAGCUCAAGACUCAAUUACUGGUCACCUGCAGCCUUGUCCCUUAUGCAUCAAUUUCCAACCAAAAUUUCAAUACACAAAAGUAUAUCGUACAAGUUGGCAAUGGUCAUUUUCCCAACCUAUUCAUCCACCAGCAUCAUAUUUCAAAUUCUGGAGUUUCAUCUCUUUGUUGUGGAGGCAAGAUGUGCUUUGUGAUUAAGUUUUUAUUCCAGUGAUCGAGGAAUGUGAAGUGUUUUUCUUCAUACAAUAAUAAAAUCCAACGGCGUAUCUAGAGGAUUUGGAAGA